AUGAUCCUAAAAGGAACACUGAAACAGGUAAUUCUAGUAGGAGCAGCUACGCUGGCUUAUAUACAAGGAGCUAGAUGCGAGAUAUCAGACAGUGACAUGGUGAAGAUAAAAGACUAUUGGUGUGACAAAGAAUUAUAUUUUUUCAGAGAAGCAUCCAUUCGUAUCGAUUUCAAUAAGAAACUUGAGUCUCUCAAGACCGAGGCGUUGUCAUUCGGCCUGAACUUAGAUGAGGCCAUUAAGAAAGGGAAUGAGAAUAUAUCCGAAAUAUUAUGCCAGGUGGCAAAUCUUUCAGAUAUUACACAUGGUAUAGAUCUUAAAAUGCGCUCUCGUAACUUCAUAGUAGACAAAUCUCUUAUAGCCAGUAUAAAAAUCGAAAAGGAAAAACUGUUUCUAAAGGCUCUUAAUAACAACACUUUAGCAGUUAAGGCAAUAAAUGAGUACGACUCCCACAUGCUGGGAGUGGUAGAAGCAUACUACGAAAAGAAGAACAAGAAUGUUAAUCUAAAAGAGAUGACGCUCUUCAAGCUAGCAAAGAAAAACAAGAUACUAGCUGCUAAGAUAGUAUACCAUUUCUUUGAGAUACAGAAAUUUGAUACAGAUUUCUUUAAAGAGUUUAAAAUAGAAGGAGAAUAUGAAAAUAAGGAAUCUUGUGGACUAAUGAAUUCUAAGUUAAUAUAUUUAAAUACUACAAAGAAGGCUAUAUUAGAAAAUAAUGGAGAUCCAUUGGAAACAGCAAAUGCACACUUGCAUUUACUCUUCUACGAUAAAGACCAUGGCGUUUCACCUUUAAUGUGUUCAGACAUAGUGCAUAUCUAUCUUAACCUACUGAACGAGAAUAUCUCUGAAGAGGAAAUGAGACAAAAGUACAUGGAUAUUACGCCAGGACAGAUUGUAAAAGUAAUACUGCUAGAGCAUCUAAUGGCUGAUAAUAUUUAUGACUACAAGAAAAAUGCUCUAUUUAAUACACUUCCUAGGGUAGUGCAGAGUGCGCUAAAUCUUACGGAUUACAACAGCACAGAUGCUCAUGAAUCUAUAAAGAGAAUGGAAAAAAUACAAUUUAAGAUGCUUCGGGGCCUAAGUAUUAUAUGGAAUAAUAGAUAUACCUGCAGAGAAGAUACAACGAGUAUAAUUUACUAUUUCUGUAAGGAUAAUGACAUAUCGUACAUGAACUUUAAAAAGCUGCAAGAUGAUUUUACCUCUUUUAAAUGGUUCUAUCAGCUAGAUAAGUCCAUUUCAACUACAGAGGAUCUAACAUUUGACCUAUCUUACACUCAUCCCGUAUACUAUGUUUAUAAUCGCUGUGAAAAUAUUAGCUAUUUGACCAAGAAAGAUACUGAAACAAAUCCAGUCCCAUUGGUAGAAACUAAAGAUAACGAACACUUCCUUAGACCAUACGUAAUAGAUGCAAAAGAUAGUGAUACAGUAAGAGCAGAGAACAUAAACAGCUGCAUUAAACUGUCUUUUGCAAAUCCAGUUACAGUUAUCACAAAAGAUAAUGGUAGCAUGGAAUACAAGGACGUAUCUGCUGAGUUCGAUAGGUAUAUGAAACUAACAGUACCCACGAUACAUUUGGAUGAUGUGGAAGUUCUGAAGAAGAGACUUGAUAAAUUAGAAAUUCAGGCUGGUGAAAGCAAUCCAUUGCAGAAUAGCUAA